GCCUGGUAGAGGCGGAAGAGGAUGGGCCUAAACGAAGAGUUAAUAGCGGUGGUAGUGUUCCUUCUGGUCUCUAUGGGAUGCUCUGAUCUAGACUCGGAUAGGGAGGCUCUUUUGAGUUUUAAAGAGAAGGCAGAUUUGAAGCAGACUCUCGGAUCGAGUUGGACGGGCAAUAAUCCCUGUACUGACAACUGGGAUGGUGUAAUCUGCAACUCAGAUAAUCGCGUAGUUAAACUCAGGCUUGAGAACCGCAGGUUUCCAGGUGUUUUAGAGAACGGUUUAGGCCAGUUGACGGAGUUGAAAGUUCUAAGCUUGAAGGGAAAUAACUUGACGGGCAGAAUUCCAUCGGACUUAUCCAGGUGUAGGAGAUUACAGAAGCUGUAUCUCAACUCCAAUCGACUUGAAGGAUCGAUUCCGGAAGCUCUUCUCACGCUGCAAGAUCUCGACAGGGUGGACGUCUCCAACAAUCAUCUGAGUGGAUCUAUCCCAGCAGCGAUAGGUGGUUUGCGGAAGCUGCUCACAUUGCGUCUAGAGAUGAAUUCCCUGACUGGCGGAGUUCCCGACGUGUCCAACAUACCAAACUUGACAGACUUCAAUGUUUCCUGGAACAACUUGAGCGGUCCUGUUCCCAGCGCUAUGGCAAGUAGAUAUCCGACAGCGUACUUUGGGAACUCAGCUCUCUGUGGACCCCCGAGCUUCGCUCCUUGUCCUCCAAAGUCCAGGACGCAGAAACCUUCUCAGCAGAUUAUUGUCAUCAUUGCCGUUGCGGUCAUCGGUGCGUUUGUCCUCAUUUUUUCGGCCUUAUUUUUCGGCUACAGAUACCUCCGUGCAUCGUCCAAAGACGUUGAUAAGUCCGACACAGCAACAACAGGAACCGAGAAGAAAGAGAUGGCAUCCGGCGACAUUGUCUUUGUCACAAGGGAUGCUGGCAAGUUUCAGCUCGCGGACCUCCUCCAAGCUUCCGCAGAGCUGCUUGGCAAGGGAAGCCUCGGGAGCACUUACAAAGCCCUCUGUACUGGAGGCUUCGUAGCAGUGAAGAGGCUAGUGGACCGGACGGGAUGCAGCAAGAAGGUGUUCGAGAGGAGAAUGGGAAUUGUCGGCCGAAUGACGCAUACGAAUCUCCUGCGGCUGAGAGCUUUUUAUUUUUAUGCCAGGAUCGAGAAGCUGCUGGUAUACGACUACAUGCCAAAGGGAAGCUUGCACAACGUCUUGCAUGGUAACAGUCCGGGAACUCCGUCCAGGCUUUCGUGGUCCAAACGCCUCAAGAUCUCUCUAGGCGUUGCAAGAUGUUUAAAGUUCCUGCACCACCAGUGCAAGCUCCCGCAUGGCAACAUCAAGUCGUCCAACGUUCUUCUCACCGAGAGGUACGAGGCUCGAGUUUCCGACUUUGGCCUGUUACCCUUCGUUCCUAGCGAUCAAGCGCUGGAGAAGAACGGCUACAGAGCUCCCGAGUGCCAGACUGCCUCGGACAUAUCAAGAAAGGCAGACGUCUUCAGCUUCGGAGUCAUCCUGCUAGAGCUGCUCACUGGAAAGCUCCCGGCGGAAGAAGCAGCUAGCGGUGGAGACCAGGCUGGGAACUCAUCGAAGAUGGAUCUUCCCAGCUGGGUGAUAGCAACCGUGAACGACGAGUGGACGUCGGCAGUGUUUGACAACGCCAUCGAGGUUUCCAAGCAAGAACAGAUGGUCGGGCUGCUCAAAGUCGCCAUGGCCUGCGUAACUCGAGCAGCCGAGGAGAGGCCCAAGAUGAUCCAAGUCGUGCAGAUGAUUGAAGAAGUGGAUGCAAUAGAGGUCAGUCCAGACUUGAGCUACAUUUAAUUCUUCGUCUCGAUCCAGAGAACACCUUGUUCUUUCUUUUUUCUUCUACCUUUUUUCUUUGGUUCUAGCA